UGCAACGCUGCAUGGAAUAGAGCAAAACCAUUUGCACGCUUUUUCUCUUUGGUUGCUCAAGAAAAUUUCACUUCUUCUAUCAUCCUUCUAUAUAUAUUAUGGCUAUUGAUCUCAAGCCCCAAACCCUACAUUUGGCUUAUCUUCCUCUUCUGUUUCCGCCCAUCAAUAUUAGAAGAUGAGUCGUAAAUUUGACUGCAUAAAAGACAUCAGCGACAAGAAGGAAACAUGGAGAUUGGCUGUUCGAAUUAUUGAUAUAUGGAGCGUUGUUAACAGUAAGGGUGCUGAGCAUCUGGAGAUGGUUAUCAUGGAUGCUGCGGGUGAUCGAAUUCAAGUUUUGAUUCGGGCUGAUCAUACAGAUAAGUGGAAACCAAGAAUUCAAGAGAAUAUGACUUGCAUAAUCAACAACGGGACUGUAUUUGAUAACGAUUUUCAGUGGAAGCUGUGUGACCAUUCAAAGAAAUUCGUGUUCCUUGGUGGUACGACCAUGAAACACAUGGAUGUACAAAAUAUUCCUCCUCUGAAGUAUUAUUUCAAAGAGUUUUGCGAAAUCAAUGCAGGCAAAUGUCAUCUUAACAGACUUGAAGAUAUUAUAGGCGUUGUACAUGAGAUAAACAAUAUGCAAUCAAACACUCCAGGAAAGAAGACAUUUGUGGCCCUCAGUCUCAAAGAUUUGAGCGGUGACAUCAUUAUCUGCACCUUAUGGGAGAGCUAUGGUAUUAAGUUUUUGGAAUAUUAUAAUGACCCAACUAACACGGGUGCUAUUGUCAUCAUACUAACUCAUGCAAUGAUCAAGGAUUCUCAGGUAUCCAAUGCAUGGAGUGGUUCAAAGCUGCUAAUCAACGAAGACAUCCAGGAGAUUUCUGAGUUUUUGUCAAAGACAUGA